CCAGGUGUAUGUCUCAGUUGUUUGAAGAUAUCGAUGAGUAUCACUUAAAACAUUUUUACAGUGCGAAGAAAAUUUAUUUAUCUUUGCUUUAUUUAAAGUCUUCUUCAUAUUAACAAUAAACCAUUUAUUUAAAAAUAGCUAUCGUAAAAAUUAAUAUAAAGGAAUAGACAAUUUUAAGGUAGAAAAUCAAGUAUUAUUGUAGAAGCUAUAGAAGGUUGAAGAAGCAUACAUAUAGUUUACAAGAAUGGCAUAUAAUAACAAUAAAGGAGAAAAUGAAUUUCCUUAUGAAAUUAAGGAAGCUGUUGGUGACAUGAAGGAGCAAUUCAUUCGAGAUUUUCAAGGCCAGCCAACAGGGUUCGUUCAAGUAUUGCCUGAAAAAUGGCUACUGCCCGAUAAAUUCAAGCAUUGUGCCAACGACAUUUAUAAUUUUGAGGCACGUAGCGAUGAUGUUUGGAUUUGUACAUAUCCACGCAGUGGGACGACAUGGACACAAGAGAUGAUAUGGCUAAUCUGUAAUGAUUUAGACUAUGAGACGGCAAGAAAGAUAACAUUAAAUGAACGUUUUCCAUUUUUUGAGUUUCAUCUAUUCAUGCACGAUAAAAUGAAAGCAAGAUUUUUAAAAGAAAAUGAAGGUGAAAAGGGGAAACGAGAUUUGAUUGAAUGUCUUUCCACGCCAGGCUAUAAAUUUUUUGCAGACAUGGAAGAACAAAGAUUUAUAAAAACACACUUACCUUUCAAGUUACUACCACCUAGUAUCAUGUCACAACAAGCAAAAGUUGUUUAUAUUGCACGGAACCCAAAGGAUGUUGUCGUAUCAUAUUACCAUCUUAAUAAAUUGUAUCGAACGCAAGGAUAUGUCAACGACUUUGAAAUGUUUUUCAAGAACUUCUUGAAUGAUUUAUUACAUUGGAGUCCAUAUUUUGAGCACAUUAAAGAUGGAUGGAACCGUCGGAAUGAAGAAAACGUGUUGUUUCUUUUUUAUGAAGAUUUGCUUACAGAUCUAAAAGGAUCAUUGAAAGAACUCUCUGAAUUUCUCGAAAAGCCUCUUCGAGAUUCAGACUAUCCAAAAUUGCUUGAUCAUCUUCACAUAAAAAAUUUCAAAAAUAACCCUUCAAUAAAUUGUAAAAAUUUAGAAGAUGUAGGGAUUCUCUCAAAGCAUGCUCAAGGUUUCGUCAGAAAUGGAAGUGUUGAGAAGAAUACAGAACUGAGUAAAAAAAUGGUUCAACAAUUGGACAAGUGGAUUGAAGAAAACUUAAAGGAUACGGACUUUAGAUUCAGAAAUUAAUCGAGUACAGCCAAAUUAUAUUUAAAUUCCUUGGAUGCUUUUUAUAUAUUACAUAUUUAUCAAAUCCCAUACAUAGCACAGUAAAAUAUUUGUGGAUUAAUUUAAGAAAAUAAAG